AUUCUUAUUAAUUCGUUUAAAAGAAUUUUGUGGAGAAUUUCUCAAGAAAAAACUUCAUCUCUCAAAUUGUGUGGCCAUUCAUAGCUUAGCCCACAUGUACACUCUCAGCCAGCUUGCUCUGAAAGCUGCGGAUAUGAUCCGGAGGAAUUUCUAUAAAGUCAUUCAGGAUGAAGAAUUUUAUACUUUACCUUUCCAUCUCAUUCGAGACUGGCUUUCAGACUUGGAAAUUACCGUGGAUUCUGAAGAGGUUCUUUUUGAAACGGUUUUGAAGUGGGUUCAGAGAAAUGCUGAAGAAAGAGAGAGAUACUUUGAAGAACUUUUUAAAUUGCUUAGGUUGUCCCAGAUGAAACCCACCUAUCUUACAAGGCAUGUCAAACCAGAGCGGCUGGUGGCCAAUAAUGAAGUUUGUGUCAAGCUGGUGGCUGAUGCAGUGGAGAGGCAUGCACUCAGAGCAGAGAAUCUACAGUCUGGCACACUCCAGCAUCCUGCUUCCCAUGUCUCACUCUUACCUCGCUAUGGACAAAACAUGGACGUCAUCAUGGUUAUUGGAGGUGUGUCAGAAGGAGGAGACUACUUAAGUGAAUGUGUGGGGUAUUUUGUUGAUGAGGACAGAUGGGUAAAUCUGCCCCACAUUCAUAAUCACCUCGAUGGACAUGCCGUUGCAGUAACCGAAUCGUAUGUGUAUGUUGCUGGCUCGAUGGAACCAGGAUUUGCUAAAACCGUGGAAAGGUACAACCCAAACUUGAAUACAUGGGAACAUGUGUGUAGUCUGAUGACAAGAAAGCAUUCUUUUGGGCUAACAGAAGUCAAAGGGAAGCUGUAUAGCAUUGGAGGACAUGGUAAUUUUAGCCCUGGCUUCAAAGAUGUGACUGUUUACAAUCCUGAGCUUGAUAAAUGGCACAACUUAGAAUCAGCACCAAAGAUUCUUCGAGAUGUCAAAGCACUAGCCAUUGAGGACCGGUUUGUGUACAUUGCUGCCCGCACUCCUGUGGACCGGGACACCGAAGAUGGAUUGAAGGCUGUAAUUACUUGCUAUGAUACAGAGACUAGACAGUGGAAAGAUGUGGAAUCUUUACCACUUAUUGACAAUUACUGUUUUUUUCAGAUGUCUGUGGUCAAUUCAAACUUUUAUCAGACAGCAUCAUGCUGUCCCAAGAGUUAUUCUUUAGAAAACGAAGAGGCAGUAAGAAAAAUUGCCGGUCAGGUGUCUGAUGAGAUCCUUGAAAGCUUGCCUCCAGAAGUCCUAAGCAUUGAAGGAGCAGCCAUUUGCUAUUAUAAAGAUGAUGUCUUCAUUAUUGGAGGCUGGAAAAACAGCGAUGAUAUUGACAAACAGUAUCGGAAGGAGGCCUAUCGAUACUGUGCUGAGAGAAAGAGGUGGAUGCUCCUUCCUCCCAUGCCUCAGCCCCGUUGUAGGGCCACUGCUUGUCACGUCAGGAUCCCCUACCGGUACUUGCAUGGCACACAGAGAUAUCCUAUGCCUCAAAACUUAAUGUGGCAGAAGGACCGCAUCAGACAGAUGCAAGAGAUACACCGGCAUGCCCUGAACAUGCGGAGAGUGCCAAGCUCCCAGAUUGAAUGCUAAACUCCGCCAACACUUGCAGCUGGAAACCCUGUUCCAUGAGGCUGGAGAUGCCUGGACUGUUACUUGGAAAAUGAUAUCAACUUAUGCAUUAAGCUCUCAUCUGCAGAAGGCAUGUGCAAUAGUGAGACUGGAUCUGAAGGAAAAAGCACAAUGUUUCAGCAAGACUGAUCUCAGAAUGAUGGCACUGAUGUUUUGUUGUAUGUAUUUAUCUACAAAUGCUGUUUAUGUUCAUUGGAAAGGGUGACCAAUAAGAAGUUGGUGAUUGGCAUAUCAUCUGGUUUGUUUUGUUUCUUCUGCAGCUGUUUAUAGACUUGAAGCCAUCAUUCUGAGAUGAGAAUUGGGAAGAUAUUAAUAUUUAGCUGACUGACUAGAGAGGAAGUUAUACAGGUAAAGUUUGUUUCUCUCAAAAAAAAAAAAAAA